CCAAGAAAUGGCUUUUAGGCUCCAUGCCGGAAGGAGGCGGGACUGCACAAGGAGGUCCAAGAGUCCGGGAGAAAGAGAGGAGUGGCCCAAAACUGGCAGGAUUGCAGCCAGCUGCUCGGUUGCACUCAUUCAGUCUUCAAUGGGCAAAAGACAGCUGAGAAAGUCAGUGGUGGUAUUCUUGGAAAGGGAAAAGAGACUUGCAACGCUGUGGGGUGGUGUGCAGUCCCGCGGCGUUGGCCGUGCAGCUAUAUUCUAGAUAGCCGGACUCUCUGAUGCAUCUUGGAAGCAAUUAGUUUCACAGCUCCCAUGCAGAGGUGGGAGACUACCUACGAAGAAAUCGAGCAAGCUUUGUCGCCCCUGAGCUUUCUGUAGCUUUGCGGAAAGCUUGAGGUGCACUGUUUUGUUGCACAGGGCCGGCUGCGUCCAACCCUUUGCAAGACUCCGUGCUCAAGUCUCAGGACUCCCAGCUGGCAUUGCGUGGCUAUCAGUUUGUGAACUCACUUAAGUAAACCCCUGCUUUAAAAGAAUGGCAACACCCAAAGAGGCGGCGGGCUUUCAGGACGUUCCUUUGGCAACUUUUGAUGGGAACAACGAGCACAGCAGAGCCCCAUUCUCGUCGGAAGAAUCGGGGGUCAAUGAGAGUCCUCAGGGAGCAGAGGACGCAGGGUGCUGCGCAUGGUUGUGUGGCCAGGGUGCGCGCCGGCAGGCCCGCCCUCGUACCAAGGCCUACUCAGAAGCCUACCGCCGCGCCGUCCAGCGCGCGCAGACCGCCGCGCAGAAAGCCAAAGCUUGGGAGGCGGCGCAAGAGGAGCGCAUCGUCGGCAGCAAAUGGUAUUCCAAGGUCUUCGACUGCCUCACCUGCUACGACCCCCAGAUCGAAGCGGAGCAGCAGGCGCGGCAUCCGAACCCGCGCCGCUGGGCGCUCGGGCUGUGCGACUGCGUGCGCUAUCGGGACGUGCAGGGCCGGGGGAACUGGAUGCUGCUUUGGUCUCUGCUGUGGCCCAACUGGGCGUUCGGCAUGAUCUGGACGGAGUACGUGGAGGAGCCGCAGGUGUGCGACAACGUCUGCUGGGACCUCUGCGUCACAAUGGGCUGGCGGGGCAUCCUCUGCUGCUGCCUCCUCUUCCCCCUCCAGUGGGGCACCGCGUGCAGCAUCUUUCUGCCGUGCUUCGCGGCGACCUCGUACGGCUUCCGCAAGGCGACCGUCAACAAGUACGGCAUCAAGGAGGACGCCGGCAAGACGGCGCUCUACGGCGCGUGCUGCCCCUUCUGCUCCAUGAGCCAGAUCUAUGCCCACGUCACCGAGAUCCACGACCGCGAGGACCUCGCGCGCCUCCAGUGGGAGGCGCUCGCCCAAACCCUCCAAACCCUGACGGACGCGCCCGCGACGCUCGAGAUGGAGCGCCCCGCGGGGCUGCGGCAAGCUGACGUCGAGAUGACGGAAGCGGGCGGCCUCGCGGCCGCGGACGCGCCGCGCAAGGCGAAGCUGGGCGAACGGGUGCGCAAGCAGGCGGGGCGGGAGCUAAGCAGGGUGUUCCACAAGCGGGAGUCGGGCAUCGGCGACGGCGACGAGGUGCCGGACGAGUUCCUGGACGCCGGCAACGCGCUGCGCUACCAGCACGUGCCCUGGUCGAAGAUCGGGUGCUAAAUGAUUCCAGGUGUCGAAUACGGAGCAGCGACACGUGUCGAAACCUGGAGGGAAUGACGGGUUAUCUGUGCUUAACACGCUGCGCUACCAGUACGUGCCCUGGUUGAAGAUCGGGUGCUAAUCCAAUUUAGGUGUCGAUCGAGAAAACGAAGGAGCGACACGUGUCAAAAACUGGAGGGAAUGAAAACUUAUCUGUGACCAGUACGUCGUUGCGAUGGCAAGGUCGGGCGGCGAACUCUCGAGUGAGGAGAGGCCGUUAGAAGCGCGCGGCUUGGUCAAGGAGUAACGAUCAACCCCUUCGGCCGAGAUACUGGAGAACUUGUAUAGCCUUCUGGUUUCGGACACUUUAAUAAAGCCGCCGAGCUGUGUACGACGGCGGCUUGACGCGUCAGAUGAUUGCUGACUUUCAACGAGAAUCGAGAGCUUGAUAUGAGAGACUCGGGUUGGUGCAUUUUUCGCGCAGUUCUGAUUGAUAAUCGACAGGCAUUCCAAUUGAUUCGAUCAAUUCUGUAAUCCUCCGUGCACGAGCCGGAGCUAUAUGAUGUUCAAACACACGUUUCCAAGUUUCAUGCAAACCGC